AUGGCGUCCCUGGAGUCUCAGCCUGACUCCCAUGCCGAUCGAUCUGAGUCUCCAUCAGCAUCAGCACGUCCAUCUCCAAGUCUUGACGGAUCAACCUCUAUCACUGAGGGUAUGCGACCCCUAUCGUUAGCACGAUUCCACACAAGCCGACCCUCGGCCGUGUGGGAGCCCGCCCCUGGAACAACCAUCGACACCCUCCUGGCCAAGCACGAGAGAUUCACAGAAGCGUGGAAAGCCUCGGAGGCCUACCGAGAGCUGCAUGAGUUCUUUACCGACGUCUUACUCAAAAUCAACACCUUUCAAAUCAAGUCGUGCAUGUGCCUAUGCCUUGGCAGCAUCGCGGCAGGACGGCCCUGUCUGGAGGACUUCGAUGUUCCAUGCACCAACUCACUGUCCCAGUUGGUAGCCUUCGAAAGCUGGGUCGAACUGCUUAAAUCGAAACACCCUAUCGAGCAGAUGUAUAUGCAGGACCCGGCGUUCAACCCCCUCGACAUUGAGUUCCUCGAGCGGAGAGGUUUCAAGGUGAUCGAAUCCCCUGCGUCGGACGACUGUAUGACUCCCGACACGUUUCUGUUCACUCCGGGCGGCGAGCAAGACCCGGUCAUUGCGGCCAUCGACGCCGCCCACCCUGCACUCUACAUCGGCAACGAUCUUCGAGAUCACCCUUACAUCACCGUAAACCCCAGCAUCUUCUUGGGUGGUUAUAGCCCGACAUUUGAAGAACAGCUGAUGAACAGCCUUCCUGCGGCGGAACCACUGGUGCGCCAGGCCCUGCUGCCAUUCAUGAACACGCGCAUCCUGAAACCCAUGCCUACGUCAGAUCUCGCGACGUGGUUGGAGGGCGAAAUCAUGUAUUACAAGCCGGCGUCGGACAGCGAGCUCGUCCCGGUGGCUUUCAACAAGAGUGACGAGGAGCUCUAUGACGAUGAGCAGGCGGAGGCUUAUUGGAGGAGGCAACGAAGUCAUGGAUUUGCGACAGACUAG